UCCCCGCUUCUAUGGUGCAGCUAAGUGGGAGACAGAGAGUAAGGCUUGAAUCCAAAGUUGACACGGAGUCACGUCGUCUCAUCGCCCAAUCUUCAUUCAGGUGCCAUUUGAUCGCCUCCUUGGUGAGCCAUUCACAUCAUGAGGGGCUCUUGGGACCGAGGAUGGUUAUUGUGGGCGAUAGGCUUGUGUGGGCUAAGCGCCGUAGUGACCCUGGCCUCGGCUUCUUCAUCGUCGGGUUCGGCGAAAAAGAGCAAGAUCGUGAGCACGUUGUUGAACGCACCCUGGUCUCAGACACCCUUGGACAUGGAAUUGGGCGAGUUCUUGGCCAGUGAGCCUCAUUAUGCCUCAGGAUUUUGGCCUUUAGUGGACUUUUGGGUGGCUGAACGUGUGGAUUUGGCCCGCAUGACCGAUGAAGCGGCCUACCAACAGUCUUUGGCCUUUGCUAGUCGAUUCUUAUCCCGGACACAAUUGAACUUACUCAAGUUUUCACUCUCCUUGCGAACGAGCUCGCCCAAGGUGGAAAUGUUUCAGCAAAUUGCAGCUGAUCGAGGGGUGCCCAAAUUGAAUUGUCCGUACGUUUUGGAAUUCAAUGGAAAACUGACUUGCCAAAUUGACGAGCUGGAUGUCCAAAAUCUGGACGCUGACAAAAAUCCACGAUUAUUCAGCGUUGACCAUCACUACGGAAAAUCCCAGAGCAAACUUCCUGCUAUCAUUUUGUACGGCAAUCCACGGAAUGAGGCUUUUGCAUCACCCCAUAAUGCCCUAAAAUCAUUGGCCGAAAAGGGCCAAAUAGAUUACAUAUAUCGGCCUUUCAUUCACGAGAGACCCGCACAAUCUCUUAGACUAUCGGGAUAUGGCGUUGAAUUGCAAAUUAAGUCAACAGAAUACAAGGCACAUGACGACAGAAAAUACCAGUCCGAUGGGGACGGCGAGAACUCUGACUCCGAGGAAGAAAAGAACGACUCCUUGGAUGGAAUCAACUUUCAAACCUUGAACGAUCGACAUCCUGCAGAUAAGGAGAAACUGGCCGAAUUUAAACAGCAUUUAAUCGACGAGAAAAGUGACAUGGCACCCAUGAAAGUCUGGCAGUUGCAAGAUUUGAGCCUUCAAGCCGCUGAGCGGGUUUUGAACUCACCUAAAGACAAGCAGUUGAAGACUUUAAUGGAUUUGGCUCAAAAUUUUCCCUCUCAAGCUCGAUCUCUCUCCAAGACAUCCGUGUCAAAAGAAUUGAAGAAGGAGAAUAAGAAAAACCAAGAAAUGUUCAUGAUGAACAUGAACGUUGCGCCCACCGAUGCGGCUUUGUUCAUCAAUGGCAUGUACUUUGAUAUGGAGUAUGUGGAUAUUUUCUCCAUUUUGGACACGCUGAAGUCAGAAGGCCGUGUUUUAGAUGGCUUAGGUCGAUUGGGACUUACGGACGAGCAAGCCCGAAAGAUGAUCUCACAAGAUUUCACGGCCGCAAAUCAUAGUUACGGCAUUGACGUUCGAGAUUCCGCCGUCAAUUGGAUUAACGAUAUUGAGAAAGACAAGUUGUACAAAGGAUGGUCGGAAAGUGUCAGCGAAUUACUCCGCCCCACUUUCCCAGGAAUGCUAAGAAGUAUCCGCAAGAACUUUUUCAACGUAGUCAUCAUGUGCGAUCCGUCAAGCAAAGAAGCUCGUGGGCUGUUAAAGCUGCUCGAGUCAUUCUAUGUCCAUCGCGCACCAACUCGAAUUGGAAUCGUGUUUGCAGUGAAUGACGAUCCCUCUGCCACGGGGAAGACUGAUGCGGGCGUGGCACUUUUGAGCGCUUUCAAUUAUAUCUCGGCUGCAAAGGAACCGUAUGAUGCCUUGGCGUUCAUGACGGAUGUGUUCAAUAAGAUGGGUGACGCUGACGACUUGGAUGUGAAACUUAUUCAAGACCAAUUUCUCGAAAGUUACGGGUCGGAUGUGAAGUUGGACGACGUUUUCGAUGAAGAUAGCGAAUACGACGUGGGUCGUCAAUUGGCCAAAGAUUUUGUAAACCGAUCCGGAUUCAAAGAUUUGCCUCAAGUCCUCAUGAAUGGCGUUCCCAUGGAAUCCAAGUACAUGAGUGGCGAAGAGUUUGAAGAGGGCUUGAUGAUGUCCAUCAUGAAAACGACUAACGAACUCCAACGAGCAGUGUAUCGCAAUCAACUGAAGGACUCCGAUGAUUGUCUGGAUUAUCUCAUGAUGCAGCCCAAUAUCAUGCCUCGUUUGAAUGAUCGUGUGCUCAAGGAGAGCUCCAAUUACAUCGAGAUGACUGGAGACAUCUUGAACCAAAUGGACAUGGAGUCGUUUUUACCCCUCUCUAAGGCGGGUAUGGCGGCCACUUUAGGUGAUCAUCUGACCUAUCUCACGCCUAAAGAUGAUGCCAAGAAGCUUCAUGUACUCACCAGUUGGGUGGCCGGAGAUUUUGAAACGCCCCAAGGACGAGAUAUUGUUCGUGGUGCUAUUUCUCAUUUGAAGUCCUCUUCUCUGAUGAGAAUCGGCUUGAUUCAUAACACCAAAAAGCCUGGCUUAAUCUCCAAGAUAUUGAAGGCCGCCUUCGAGACCUUGGACAAUAAGGCUGCCAAGCAUUUAAUUUCCAAAGUCGUGAAAGAAGACACUGUUAGGAAAUUGACCGAGGGGAAAAAGCAAUUGAAGGACUAUGAUAUUCCUGGAGCUGACAUGAGUGCCUUGUCGAAGGCUAUAGAAAGCAUCGAGGACUCGGAUUUUGACAUUCAUCGAGUAUUUUGCGAGCGUGCACUUGAUUUAGAGCCCGGUCAAAAUCUCGUGGUAAGCAACGGUAAGCUAAUUGGUCCAUUGACCGAAAGUGAAGUUUUCGCCGAGGACGACUUCAACUUGAUGGAGAAAUUCGCCAUGAGUCAAUACGGCGAGAAAAUGGUGAACAAUUACUACAGUUUCAUGGAUACAAAAGCGCCCAAAGUGAGUGAUCAAGCUAUGAAAAUCAUUGGAUUGCUAAUGACGCGAUCCCAAAGCAAAUCCCGAACUACCAUUUCUUUUGCUGGUAAUAAGCACACCACGAUUCAGAUCGAGCCUAACAUGCCGGAUCUCCCAGCAUUUGAUAUUACCGCCAUCUUCGAUCCCUUAUCGGUUGGAUCUCAAAAGAUCACCCCUAUCCUCUUGGCUUUGAAAGACGUGCUGAAUACCAAGAUCACAGUUUUCUUAAAUUGCGUGGAGAAACAUAGUGAAAUGCCUCAGAAGAGCUACUUUCGAAUGGUUUUAGAGCCUGAGGUUCAAUUUGGAGCCGAGGGCAAACUUUUAGCCGGACCCAUGGCUCGAUUCUCCAAUCUACCCGAAGAACCCGUCCUCACCAUGCACUAUCACAUUCCUGAUAAUUGGCUGAUCGAGCCCGUGAAAUCAGUCUACGACAUGGACAAUAUCAAAUUGGCCAAUGCCGAGGGCAACAUUCACUCUGAAUAUGAACUGGAAUACCUUCUACUCGAGGGUCAUUGUUUUGAAGCUUACACUGGAAACCCCCCUCGUGGACUUCAACUCGUUUUAGGAACGGACAAUGAAGCGGUGGUUAUGGAUACCAUUGUCAUGGCUAAUCUAGGCUAUCUUCAAUUGAAGAGUAGUCCCGGUCGAUGGUUAUUGAACUUGCGUGAGGGCCGGUCUUCAGAAUUGUACGAUAUCGUCUCUCAUGAGGGGACCGAAACGGCUAUUGGCAAUGACGGACCCAUCCAGGUUCUCAUCGACUCGUUCCAAAGCAAAAUCGUCAAGUUGCGAGUACAGAAGAAGCCCGAUAAGCGGAACGAAGAGCUCUUGGAAGCGGAUGCCGGAAGUGAGGAAGGUCAAGGUGGUCUUUGGAAUUCGAUUUCGAACACGUUUUCGAGUGCCGGUAGCACCGUGGCCAAAUCCGAAGAGGGAGAUGAGGAGGUGCUCAAUAUUUUCUGCCUAGCCUCUGGUCAUCUGUAUGAACGAUUGCUCAAGAUCAUGAUGCUCUCCACCAUUCAACACACGAAGGCUCCCGUUAAGUUCUGGGUACUGAAGAACUAUCUCUCGCCCUCCAUCAAAGAAUUCUUGCCCGAGUAUGCCAAGCGCUACGGUUUCCAAUACGAGUACGUUCAAUACAAGUGGCCUCGUUGGCUGAAUCAACAAAAAGAGAAGCAAAGGAUCAUCUGGGGCUACAAGAUCCUCUUCUUGGACGUGAUGUUCCCCUUGGACGUCAAGAAGAUCCUCUUCGUUGACACGGAUCAGAUUGUGAGGGCGGAUUUGACCGAGCUCCGAGACAUCGAUCUCAAAGGCGCCCCCUACGGUUAUACACCAUUCUGUGAUUCCAACAAAGACAUGGAAGGCUUCCGAUUCUGGAAGUCUGGCUACUGGAAGAACCACUUGGCCGGGCGGCCGUACCACAUCAGCGCUCUAUACGUGGUCGAUUUGGUCAAAUUCCGAAAGAUUGCCGCGGGUGACCGCUUGAGAGGGCAAUAUCAGGCUCUGAGUCAAGAUCCGAAUUCCUUGUCCAAUUUGGAUCAAGAUCUGCCCAACAACAUGAUCCAUCAGGUGCCAAUCUUUUCGCUGCCGCAAGAGUGGCUUUGGUGUGAGACUUGGUGCGACCAGACAUCCAAAACCAAGGCCAAGAGCAUCGAUCUCUGCAACAAUCCGCUGACCAAGGAGUCCAAGUUGGAUGCCGCUCGCCGGAUUGUCACUGAGUGGAGCCAUUACGACGACGAGAUGACGCAGCUGACCGAAGAUAUCCAGCGAGAACAGAAGGCCAAUAGAACGAGUACAAGUAGCAGUAGCUCAAGCACCCUCUCCCACGAAUCGAAGCAUACAGAAUUAUAAGACUUGUGGAUUCCAUUACGUUGUUGUGAUACACAUUGUUGAUUAUCUUUUAUUGCCUUUUCUAUUCGUUUCUUACUUCUUUUUUGGACCACAUAUGCAUUCGCAUAACGGUUUUUACCGGCGAACAACUGAAAAAUAAAGAGCGCACAAGUAAUGUCGUUCCAAGCUCGAGAGUUAAAGAUA